UAAACAGUUUUAUUUAUGACCGUAUUCCAGCUUCCAGACAGUCUCAGUAGUGAACCAAUCUUACAGUGUCUUGUAGUGCUGAUUUACUCGCCGGUGUUCUCUCGCCAAGCAAUCAUGGCCCUCAAGCUGAGCCCACGAUCAGUCAUCACCUCGAAUUCUGGGAUGAAAAUGCCUGUUUUGGGACUUGGGACAUUGGUGAACACCGAUCAACAAGAACUAGAGACCGCCCUGGACGCAGCUCUGGAUGCCGGCUACCGUCACUUCGACACGGCCUACGUCUACCACAACGAGGCGGCUAUUGGCAAAGUUCUCAAGAAAUGGUUUGACUCUGGAAGAAUCAAAAGGGAAGAGUUAUUCAUUGUAACUAAGCUCUGGCGGACUGGGAUGCACGAGAAGUAUGUAGAGGAAUCUCUGACCCGUCAGUUGGCAGACCUUCAGCUAACGUAUGUAGACCUGUACCUGAUCCACAGCCCUGUUGGAUUCGUACACGGUGACGAUCUCUUCCCAAAGGACGAGGAAGGGAACAUGAAACUAGACAUGACGACUGACCUCGAAGCUGUGUGGAAGGCCAUGGAACGACAAGUGGACGCUGGCCGAACAAAGUUUAUUGGAGUGUCAACCUUCAACAUCGAGCAGCUGGAGCGGAUAAGGAAGAUUGCCCGUAUCAUGCCCUCCACCAACCAGAUAGAGUGUCACCUGUAUCUCCAGGAGAAGGAGCUGAGAGAGUGGGCCUGGUCGCAUGGAUCCACUGUCACAGCGUUCUCUCCCUUUGGUUCCCCAGGGAUCAUCAGCAUGUUGCAGCAACAUGGGAUCGCAACUGAGAAGCAAAUUACUCUGAAUCCACUCAAGAACCCGAGUGUGGUCCGGAUUGCUGAGUCUCACAAGAGGACUCCAGGCCAAGUGUUGCUGAGGCACCUGCUGCAGCUUGGAGUCAGCGCCAUCCCGAAAAGCAGUAACCCUGAGAGAAUUCGCCAGAACUUCCAGGUAUUCGAUUUUGAGCUGAGUGAAAAAGAAAUGGCUGAGCUGAAUGCAUUAGACAAAGGGGAAGACGGAAGGAAGUUUGGAAUUUCAGAUAUGAUGAAAGGAUGUGAAAGACAUCCUGAAUAUCCUUUUAAAUCUUAAUUAAGCUAUUAAAUUGUGUGUUUAUUAAAGAAACUAUGACUUAAAAAA